AUAGACAUGCGCUCAAGCUCGUGCACGUAGCUCGGGCCAGGCGCGCGUAUAUGUGCGCGUUCACGUUGUGUAUCCAGUAUCUGAGGGAGAGCCACAAUUCAUCAUCACAGCCCAUUCAAUUUCUACCCGACGCUGACCUACUCAGAGCUGCAGCCAUGGCCUCCGGUGUGAAAGUCACAGAUGAAGUUAUCGCAGUCUUCAAUGACAUGAAGGUGCGCAAGGCUCAGGCGAACGAGGAUGAGAAGAAGAAGAGGAAGAAGGCCAUUCUGUUCUGCAUGAGCAAGGACCUCAAGAACAUUGUUCUGGAUGAUGGCAAAGAGAUCCUGCUCGGUGAUUUGGGAACCAAAGUCCAGGACCCAUACGCAUACUUUGUGAACAUGCUGCCCCCAGAUGACUGCCGCUACGCCCUGUACGACGCCACCUAUGAGACCAAAGAAACUAAGAAGGAGGACCUGAUCUUUAUCUUCUGGGCUCCAGAUGGUGCCCCCUUGAAGAGCAAGAUGAUCUAUGCCAGCUCAAAAGAUGCUAUCAAGAGGAAAUUUGAAGGUAUCAAGCACGAGUGGCAGGUGAACGGUUUGGAAGACCUCAAAGAACGGCACACCCUGGCAGAGAAGCUGGGUGGCAACUCAGUAGUGACUCUGGAAGGAUGCCCUGUAUAAAUAUUGUCCCCCCCCCCCUCCCCCCCUUUCUGGCUUCGAUCGAGGCCUUUCAGACACAUCUGUUGGGUUUAGCCGUUCAUUCCAGUGUGGUUUGGUGAAGGGCAAAAGCAGAACCGUCACCAAUUGCGGGACUCUCUGGGUGGGAUAUUUCGGGUGAGUUCGGGGUGAAAAGAUAGACAAAACAAACAAACAAAAAAAACAAAACAAAAGGAAAAUUCCACAAAUGCAGACUGUCAUCCAGUUCACGCAACAUAAAUAAUAUGAACAAAACACACACUAAGAAAAACAGUAAGAUACAACUGAGGAAGGAUGAUGGUAAAAUGAAAUACACAUAUAAUUUAUGUUAAGGACAGGGUUUUGUUCCCUCCGGGUUCCAUUUGAAUGAUUGCAGAGAAAGGGACAGGCAAAAAAAAAAAUUAGUUUUCCAACAAUCAAAAUCCCGACAAACAAAACGUUCCAACUACUUUUAUUUUUUUUUGCCAAACUUCUAGUUAAGUUUUGUAAGUGUGUGUGUAGUUGAGACUAGUUGUAAUAUGAACUAAUUCACUCUUGAUUGCACAAGAUGUAAAGAAACUUUCUCUGGGGGAACACGGUUAAAUAUAUAUAUUUUUCUUUUUUUUGUUUUGUUAUUCCAUUUGUUUUCUUUUCUUUUUGAACAUGCAAAUUCCAAAACUUGAGUGAUUCCUUUUAUUUCCAGUUCUGGGUCAGAAAACCAUUGCAUUUGAUGUAGUAAACGGACAACAUUCCUUGUACUUGUUAAACCUGGAUCCUCUUGAUUUAAAAACUUCGGUGUUAGGAAGGUCUGAUGGGGAGCGAUGUGUAUAUGAAAGACCAGCGGUCAGAGUUAAGACUGAAUAUUGAAUGGUGGAUGUUUUGUAUCGUCUCCUUAUCUCUAAUAAAAAGCACUAAACUACUGA